AUGGAGGUCCAGGGCACCUUGGAGCACAGCCAGCAGCCCUGGGUGGUGGCAAACCUUAAAGGCCAGGGAGAGGGUGUGGGUGGGCUCGCUGGGCCCAUGUGCACUGCCCACCCUUUACCUUCUGUUCCCCAGGACAUGCGGAAGCACGUGACCAUGACCCUGCUGGACACGGAGCAGUCGUAUGUGGAGUCGCUGCGCACCCUGAUGCAGGGCUACAUGCAGCCACUGAAGCAGCCCGAGAACUCCUUGCUGUGUGACCCAUCGCUGGUGGACGAGAUUUUCGACCAGAUCCCGGAGCUCCUGGAGCACCACGAGCAGUUCCUGGAGCAGGUGCGGCACUGCGUGCAGACCUGGCACGCCCAGCAGAAGGUGGGAGACCUGCUCAUCCAGUCGUUCUCCAAGGAUGUCCUGGUCAACAUCUAUUCUGCCUACAUUGAUAACUUUCUCAAUGCGAAGGAUGCCGUGCGUGUGGCUAAGGAGGCGAGGCCUGCCUUUCUCAAGUUCCUAGAGCAAAGCAUGCGGGAGAACAAGGAGAAGCAGGCGCUGUCCGACCUCAUGAUCAAGCCCGUGCAGCGGAUCCCACGCUAUGAGCUUCUGGUGAAGGACCUCCUGAAGCACACCCCUGAGGACCACCCGGACCACCCACUCCUGCUGGACGCACAGCGGAACAUCAAGCAGGUGGCGGAACGCAUCAACAAGGGCGUGCGGAGUGCGGAGGAGGCAGAGCGGCACGCCCGCGUCCUGCAGGAGAUCGAGGCUCACAUCGAGGGCAUGGAGGAUCUCCAGGCCCCGCAGCGGCGGUUCCUGAGGCAGGAGAUGGUCAUUGAAGUGAAGGCAGUCGGUGGCAAGAAGGACCGGUCCCUCUUUCUGUUCACGGACCUCAUCGUCUGCACCACCCUGAAGCGGAAGUCAGGCUCCCUGCGGCGCAGCUCCAUGAGUCUGUACACGGCAGCCAGCGUCAUUGACACGGCCAGCAAAUACAAGCUGCUGUGGAAGCUGCCGCUGGAAGAUGCAGACAUCAUCAAAGGGGCAGCCCAAGCCACCAAUCGGGAGAACAUCCAGAAGGCCAUCAGCCGCCUCGACGAGGACCUGACCACCCUGGGCCAGAUGAGCAAGCUCUCGGAGAGCCUCGGUUUCCCCCACCAGAGCCUGGACGACGUGCUUCGGGACCUCUCGGCCGCCAUGCACCGGGACCUGUCCGAGAAGCAGGCGCUGUGCUAUGCGCUCUCCUUCCCCCCGACCAAGCUGGAGCUGUGUACCACGCGGCCCGAGGGCACGGACUCCUUCAUCUUCGAGUUCCCCCACCCUGACGCCCGCCUUGGCUUUGAGCAGGCCUUCGAUGAGGCCAAGAGGAAACUGGCAUCCAGCAAAAGCUGCCUAGACCCUGAGUUCCUGAAGGCCAUCCCCAUCAUGAAAACACGCAGUGGCAUGCAGUUCUCCUGUGCGGCCCCAACCCUGAGCAGCUGCCCGGAGCCCGCGCCGGAGGUGUGGGUGUGCAACAGUGACGGCUACGUGGGCCAGGUGUGCCUGCUGAGCCUGCGCGCCGAGCCCGACGUGGAGGCCUGCAUCGCCGUCUGCUCCGCUCGCAUCCUCUGCAUCGGGGCAGUGCCAGGCCUGCAGCCCCACUGCCAACGGGAGCGGCCUUCAUCGCUGAGGACCCCCCAGGAGUCAGCACCUGAGCCUCCUGGGCCAGAACUGGAAGUCGAGGCUGCAGACGAGGAAGCAGGGAUGCUGGCCGAACCAGGGCCCCAGCCCUGCCUGCACAUCUCCAUUGCCGGAUCGGGCCUAGAGAUGGCACCAGGCCCUGCUGAGGGUGACCCCCGCCCGGAAUUGGUGCCCUUUGACAGUGACUCGGACGAUGAGUCUUCGCCCAGUCCCUCCGGGACCCUGCAGAGCCAGGCCAGCCGGUCCACCAUCUCCUCUAGCUUUGGCAAUGAGGAGACCCCGAGCUCCAAGGAGGCCAUGGCAGAGACGACCAGUUCAGAGGAGGAGCAGGAGCCCGGCUUCCUGCCGCUGUCUGGCUCCUUCGGGCCUGGCGGUCCCUGCGGCACCAGCCCAAUGGAUGGGCGAGCCCUUCGCCGCUCCAGCCGCGGCUCCUUCACCAGGGGCAGCCUCGAGGACCUGCUGAGCGUUGACCCUGAGGCCUAUCAGAGCUCCGUGUGGCUGGGCACCGAGGAUGGCUGUGUCCACGUGUACCAGUCCUCCGACAGCAUCCGCGAUCGCAGGAACAGCAUGAAGCUCCAGCACGCGGCCUCGGUGACCUGCAUCCUGUAUCUGAACAACCAGGUGUUUGUGUCUCUGGCUAAUGGGGAACUUGUGGUCUACCAAAGAGAAGCAGGUCGUUUCUGGGACCCCCAAAACUUCAAAUCUGUGACCUUGGGUGCUCAGGGGAGCCCCAUCACCAAGAUGGUGUCUGUGGGCGGGCGGCUAUGGUGUGGCUGCCAGAACCGAGUCCUGGUCCUCAACCCUGACACCUUGCAGCUGGAGGAAACGUUCUGGGUGGGGCAGGAUUCCAGCCGCAGCGUGGCGUGCAUGGUGGACUCCAGCCUGGGCGUGUGGGUGACUUUGAAAGGUAGUGCCCAUGUGUGUCUCUACCAUCCAGACACUUUUGAGCAGCUGGCAGAGGUAGACGUCACUCCUCCCGUGCACAGGAUGCUGGCAGGCUCGGACGCCAUCAUCCGGCAGCACAAGGCUGCCUGCCUGCGGAUCACGGCGCUGCUGGUGUGUGAAGAGCUGCUGUGGGUGGGCACCAGCGCCGGCGUCGUGCUCACCAUGCCCACCUCGCCCAGUACCGUCAGCUGCCCACGGGCGCCUCUCAGCCCUGCUGGCCUAGGCCAGGGACACACCGGCCACGUCCGUUUCCUGGCUGCUGUCCAGCUGCCAGAUGGCUUUAACCUGAUCUGCCCCAGCCCACCACCUCCCCCAGACACAGGCCCCGAGAAGCUGCCGUCGCUGGAGCACGGGACUCCCUCGGCACGAGGACCCCCCUCGGCCAGGCAAAUGCUGGUCAUCAGUGGAGGCGACGGCUACGAGGACUUCCGGCUCAGCAGUGGGGGUGGCGGCAGCAGCGAGACCGUGGGCCGUGAUGACAGCACGAACCACCUCCUCCUGUGGAGGGUGUGACCCUGUCCAGAUGGCUCAGGACCUGGCCACCCACCUGCCCUCAGCCUGCUUGCCUCUUCCUAACCCACACGCAGACUCUGCCCAGAGUGUCCAGCCAGGGCGCACCUGUGCCUGCACGGGCUCCUCCGUUUCCGCGGAAGCAUUCCGAUGGAACUCCUGCUGGCCAGUGGGCCAAGGCCUUUCCUGACCCUCCGGCUGCUCCCGUGCUCCUGGUCAUGAUGGGGGCUGGGUGGGGGGCACGAGGGCGACCCAGACCUCUGUCCCUGGAGCUUCUACCAAAGACACGGCGAGGCCUGGACCCCACGGGGCUGGGGAGGGCCAUGUGCAAUAUUUGGAGGGUUUUCUGGGGCAGUGGGAGGGCUGGGGGAUGGAAUCCUUUCCCAUGUACAGUAUUUAUGUUUCUUUUUAGAUGUGUACCUUCCCAAGCACUUAUUUAUGCAAUGACCUAGGGCAGGGAGUGAUUGGAGGAAAUGACAGAAGGAAAAAAACCCGAUUCCUGCCCUGGGGGGCCAACCAGGACCCUAACCAAGCCUUCCUGGAGGGACCAAUCCCCCCCCCAUUACAUACAUGCGCGCACACACACACACACACACACACACACACACGCUGCAUGUUCAGGGCACUAAAACGCCUCUUCACACACUUUCCAAGCCUCAUGCUGACUGGGCCGCCCUCCAGCAUCCAGAGCCAAGGACCAAGUCCCCUGUCACCCAGAGCAAGAUGACGAGGACAGUGACUCCGUCGGGGGGCCUCCCCAGGCUUGGCAUUUCCUAGUUUAUUGACGGUGCCUUCAGUAGUCUCUGAACUCGGGAGCACUGAUGGGGCCUUGGACGGGCUCUCUGCUGGCCUGAGCAGGAAGAGAUAAGGCCCUUGCUCCUCACAGCUGCCCCCCAGCCCCUGUGUCUCAUGCACUGGCACAUGCGGUCACCGUAGGAGGGUGGACCUAGGAGCCCCCUCACUCUGACCACUGAAUCCCUCUCUUCACACCCCUCCUGCCAGGGGCAGCCCCUCCAGGAAAGAUGCCCAAAGCCGAGGGGCUGGACAUGGCCUCUUCAACUGGGAAUCGCCGAGGGCAGCCCCUCCCCUGCCCCUGGACCCAGGAGCCAGUCUGAGCCCCAGCCCCCUCGCUGCUUCAGCUACCGCUCCAAAGGUCUGGUUUCAGAUGGGGUUUGUUCGGUUCUGUUUUUGUUUGGGGUGGGUGGGUCAUUGCGGUCUUAGAUUGUGCUUCUCUUGCUACCAAACAGUCAUGUAUUAACUUUCUUUGGAUGAUGAAUUUUAAAGUCAAUAAAUAGAAACACCAAGUGACUGCUCCCCA